UUGAAACACUUACUCAUUCUUUAUAAUAAUUUUUAUUUUAUUUUUUAAUCACAUUUUAGAAUAAUAGUAAAGUCAUCAAAACUAUGGAAUAACAUAAAUGGAAAUAUGGGAAUUAUGUUGUGACUAAACAAAAUCCCAAAUAAAUCAAAACUGUGUUAUAUUUUAGCAUCUUCAAAGUAGUCACCCUUUGCCUAGAAUUUUCAGAAAUGUACUCUUGACAUUUUCUCAACCAACUUCUUGAGGUAUCACCCUGGGAUGCUUUUUAAACAGUAUUGAAGGAGUUCCCAUCUAUGUUGGACACUUAAUGGCUGCUUUUCUUUAUUUGGUCCAAGUCAUCAAUUUCACAAACUUUUUUUUUUUUUUUUAUUAUUACAUUUUAGUUUUAUAAUGAAAUAAAUUAAUAUGGUGGCACAAUUAUAUUUUUAUCUACAAAACUCAUUUCAAACAUUUAAGCAUACACCUUCAGAUCAAAAGAUUUUUAAGAUCAUGAGAAAUAUUUCAGUCAAGUGUUUCAAAACUUUUGACCAGUAGUGUAUUUAUAUAUAUGUGGACACAGUCCACAUACAGUGCUGUGGAAAAGUAUUUGCCCACAUCUUGAUUUCUUCUGUUUUUGUGUACAGUAUAUCUCAUACUAAAUUGUUUCAAAAAUUCAAACAAAAUCUAACAUAAAACAAAAGCAAUCUGAGUAAAUACAAAAUACAUUUUUAUUUUUAUUUUAUUACCCUUUUCUCCCCAAUUUGGAAUGCCCAAUGCGCUCUAAGUCCUUGUGGUGGCGUAGUGACAAAUCUCAGUUGCCUCUGCGUCUGAGACUGUCAAUCACGUGGCUUGUUGAGCACGUUACCGUGGAGACAUAGCAUGUGUGGAGGCUUCACGCUAUUCUCCGCGGCAUCCACGCUCAACUCACCACGCUCCCCACCGAGAGCGAGAACCACAUUAUGGCGACCACGAGGAGGUUGUCCCAUGUGACUCUACCCUCCCUAGCAACCAGGCCAAUUUGGUUGCUUAGGAGACCUGGCUGGAGUCACUCAACACGCCCUGGAUUCGAACUCACGACUCCAGGGGUGGUAGUCAGCAAGUUAUCCAAUACCAACUGGGCCUGUGUAAAAAAGUAUUUGCCCCUUAGUUAUUAAAUCUGCAAAUCUAUGAAACUGCAUUCAUAAAGAGGUUCAGCUGGAUUAGACACACCCAGGCCUGAUUACUGCCAGCCCUGUUCAAUCAAAUCAACUCCUAAACUUUUUCAGCAGCAUGAAGUUGGCUAAAAGGUCUCACCCAGUAGCACACUAUGCCAAGGUCGAAAGAAAUUCCAGAAAUGAUGAGGAAAAGGGGAUUGAAAUACAUCAGUCUGAGAAGGGUUACAAAGCUAUUUCAAAGGCUCUGGGACUCCAAAGAACCACUGUGAGAGCCAUUAUCUCCAAAUGGAGAAAACUUGACACAGUAGUGAACCUUCCCAGAAGUGGCCGACCUUCCAAAAUUCCUCCAAGAGCACAGCGACGACUCAUCCAGAAAGUCACAAAAAAGCCAAGGACAACAUCUAAGGAACUGCAGGCCUCUCUCGCAUCAAUAAAGGUCACUGUUCAUGACUCCACUAUCAGAAAGACACUGGCCAAAAAUGCCAUCCAUGGAAGUGCGAGGUGAAAAUCACUGCUAACUCAGAAGAACAUUAAGUCUUUUCUGAAUUUUGCCAAAAUACCCCUUGAUGAUCCUCAAACCUUUUGGGAGAAUGUUCUGUGGACUGAUGAGUCGAAAGUGGAACAGUUUGGAAGACAGGGGUCCCGUUACAUUUGGUAUAAAUCAAACACAGAAUGACACAAAAAAGACAUCAUACCUACGAUCAAGCAUGGUGGUGGUAGUGUGAUGGUGUGGGGAUGCUUUGCUGCUUCAGAGCCAGGGUGACUUGCACUAAUUGAAGGAAACUUUCUGCUCUCUACCAGAAAAUCUUAAAGGAGAACGUUCGGCCAUCAGUCCGUGAGUUGAAGCUCAAGCACAACUGGAUUAUGCAGCAAGACAAUGAUCCAAAGCAUAGGACCAACAUGAUCGCAUUCUGUGCACGUUCUGACAACACAAUGUGAGGAGGAGCUAAAGGUCUUCAGGACGGCACAGAACGUUUUUCAGCGCCAAAAUUAACAAGCAAAGCACUGUGACUGUGUUAUCAUUCAUCAGGUCCCAGACUCUUUGUAAAUCACCACGGCGUAAGGGGCAAAAGCAUCAUGCUGGCAGAACACAAUGUAACGUACCCUGAAGAGAUACCUGAUCCAGUCAGUCAGGAUGGAGCUACAUCCUUCACAGAAGAAACCAUGUCCAUUUUGACGUCCAGCAACAUGCUAGCACGCUCUUUUCUCAUCCAUCCCAGAGGUUUGAGACGCAAAGAAUGUUCUGAGACUGAUGUCAGUAAUACGCUGCGUCACAAGCGUGAGUUCAUCACAACUGAGAAAAAAGAUGAAGGUUACUGGGACAAACGCAAAAAGAACAAUGAAGCUGCCAGGCGUUCGCGUGAAAAACGGAGGUUUAAUGACAUCGUGGUAGAGAACAAAGUUUUGGCUCUUCUUGAGGACAAUGCACACCUGAAAGCUGAGUUAUUGGCACUUAAGUUCCAAUUUGGUUUGAUUAAAGACCCCACAGAUUCACUCACACCGACCCGGUCAUCUGGUUCAUGCACCCAACCAUUUCCAGCAACACGCUACUACUGCCCCAAUUCAAACUCACAACUCACUCAUCGACACUCACUGACGGACUCACAUCAUGGUGGUUCAGAUGGGGUGCAAAGCAUUCGAGACAGGGUCAAUGUGUCAGAAGACUCUGGGUUUUCCAUCUCUGGGGGGUCAAGCAUUGGGAGCCCAGAGUUUUCUGAUGAUGCUGUUGGAGAACCUCUUAGGGGAUAUCCUUACAGAGGUGGAGAGGAGACAGAAUGUAAACUAAGUCCCUAUAUCACUCCAGUUGAUACAAAUUCAUCAGAUAGGGAGAAGUUAGUGUCAGUGUGGCAAGAGAACAGCAUGAAAGGCCUUCCUCAUAAAUUGCGCUUUAAGACGCCAGGUGGAACGGAAGGUGAGGUUUUUCUUCCAGUGGAGAUGGAAAAGAGUCUCUCUUCAACAAUGGUAGGCCUACACCACUCCUCACAAGUUAGAGAACAAUCUACAGCUGGGCGGACAGAGGGUUUAUGGAGGCCACAACCACACACAAUGCCACCGACAGGUUCAACACCACAUCAUAAUUACCCUGCAAUUCAGAGACAUUGCUCAAUGGAAAAUGAUGCUAUUAGAUCCCAGCUUAGUUCUUUGACAGAAGAAGUGGCCCAGCUUAAAAAGCUUGUCUCUCAAAGGCUUCUCCCCAAACUAAACUGAGAUCAGAGACCUAGAGAGAACUUUGACCUAUUUUCUUAUAGUACCACACAAAUACAAUAAGCCAGCUAGUUGUUCACUGGGACCAUCCAGAGUACAUUUCCAUUUGCCAUUUUUGUCCACUUACUGUAUCCACUAUUGAUUUUCAAUACAUACUGGAAUAAAUGAAUAUUUUUGUGAGAUAAAAGCUAUUAAACCAUUCUCUUGCUUACUGUAAUACUGUGUGUACUAUUGUGUCUUGUGAAUUGCUUAUGCUUUAAGACAUCAACUUGUUUAAGACUUCUUUAAAACUUUUAAAUAUGGCAAUAAAAUAACUUUUUAAGCCCAUUCUGUUUUAUUCAACAAGGUCUGUUUUUUUUUUUUUUUUAUUUAUAAAAUUGUAAAUGUUUAUGUGCUUGCAAAGAAAUAGUUCACCCAAAAAUUACAAUUCUGCCAUAAUUUAUUAGUUCUCAAUCCAUAUGCUGUUUUUUCUUUUUCUGUGGAACACAAUAGAAGACAUUUUUAAGAAUCUUUACACAGCUCUUUUCCAUAUAACAACAGUUCAUAGUGACCACAACAUAUGCCAGCUUAAAAAAAAAAGUAAAAAAAAAACCACUAUAAAAAGUCAUUACCACACAUGCGCCAUAUUCCAAGUCUUCUGAAGAUAUACUAACUAUAGCUUUGUGUGAGGAACAGACCGAAAUUUAAGUUAUGAGUAAAUAAUGACAUAUUUUUUUAUUUUUUUAUUUGGGGGUGAACUUCCUAUAAUUUAUAGUGUAUAUAGCUUAAACAGGAAAGUAGAGGGAGAGAGGGGAAAUAAGGCAAUAUGACCACACUGGAAAUUGACAUGCUUCUUCCGAAAGCUCAUGUACCCUGAAAUCAACCCCAUUCAGCCAAAUUACUGACACGCAUCAUCUCCCAUCAGACAUUUUUGCAUUAAUUCAAGCGUGAACACAUUUCCCUCUAGCACUACUGAUGCAACUUUAGAGACCAGACUGAUCUCACAGUAAAAUUGGAAACAUUAGAAUGACCUUUCCUAUAGUUAAAAUCGCUCAAAAUGCGAAACACUGCCCCCAGUGGCCAAAGCAGUAAGUGUUGUUGGGUGUAUGGGCACAUGUGAGCUCCAAAUUCCAGGUGAAAUGUCCACAGAGGGGCGUCAAAAGUGAGUUGUAACAAGUUGUUUUCAGCUGUACAGGAUGUAGUAUAAUGAAGAGGAAUGCAUAUUUUAUAAACUGUACACCUCAACCCAAACCUCAAAACUAAACAUUACCAUCAGUGGGGUAAAAAUUUAAUGUUAGGGGGUGCUGAUUAUGUGAACAUGAUUACCUCUUGAUUUCAAUGUGGGAUUCGAUCCCAAGUCUCCCACACUGCUGACGCUACACGCUUCAAAUAAAAUGGCAAUUUUACACCACUGACGGUUAGGUUUAAGGUUGGGGUUUGGGUUAGGGGGUAGUUAAUAAAAUAUGCAUCUCUGGUGAAUCUAUUAAAUAAUUUAAAACUAAAAAUACAACUUGCUGGCUUUUGGCACCACCCUGUUGACAUUUCACCCGGAAAUGGGCGCUCACAUGUGUGUAUAUUUUCGACAACACUUCCAGCUUUAGACACUGCAGAGAUUCCCAUUUCGGUAAGCACAGACUGAUUUAAGCAGCAAAACCUUCCACCUAAUGUUGCCAAAUUCACACUGUGAUCAGUCUGAAUGGGAUUGGAACAUGAUAGUGGCUGAAUUCAAACCUGCCUUUCCAAUAUGUGUCUCGAGCAUGUGCACUACACAAUGUGCCACAGCUCUGACUUUGUGUAAUUAAAAUAGUUGACACUGGCCUCUUGUGAAAGCAGAAGAACAAAACAGAGAACAUCACAAUGAAACAAUAGAGGCUUAUUUAUGAUGCUCUUUGAUUUCUUUACAUACCCAGAUUCAAAGUCCACAUCUGCCUACACUUAUAAAUAAUAGCUAACACUCAACAGAAAAUUAAUUGUACAUUUCAAAGCACUCCAUGGAGUUACAGUUCACCCCUUGCAGAAUCCGUAAAAUGUCAAAAGCUUCUAAACUCAACUCUCUAAAGUUUCUCACCACAAGCUUCACACAACAACCUUCAAAUAUUAGCUGAAGACACACCUCAUUCUUGGGCACUUAAUUGAUCCAUAAAUAUAGACACUUCCUCUUGAAAAAGGAAACCCUAUAUUUGUUUACUUUUCCAGCUAAUAUUGUUGGCUCCUAAAUGAUAUACUUGUGCUUGUCCUCAUUUGUAAUUCACUUUGGAUAAAAGUGUCUGCUUGAUU